GCAAAUUCCUGGCGUGUGAAGUCCAUCCCCAACAACUCAUCUUUAGACUUUUCCAGUUGUCUUGGGGUCAUGUCGACUGGACAGACCGCAACCGAAACAGGAGAGCCAACAAGCUCAGAAGAGUUGACCCUGUUAUUGCUUUCAGACUCGAGCUUGCCGGUCGGCGGAUUCGUUUCUUCCUCUGGCCUCGAAUCUUUCACCAACCAUGGUUAUCUGGCCCACUGCAAAACCGAUCUUGCCCGCUCACACGCACUCGUCACUUUCACCUUCUCGAACGCCCAGAGCUAUGCCAACCUGUGUGCGGCCUUCUUCUAUCACAUUCAUGCUCUCAUCACCGAUACCUUGAGCUCGAAAUCAGAUCAACAGCUACCCAAUCAGCCCCAUACUUCUGUCGAGGAGGAGGAGCAGCGGGACGAACAAAGAUUGCAACGGAUCGCCGAGGUGGUUCACAAGCUUAAUCAGCUGUUCGAUUCUAUGUGUCUGUCGCCGGUCAAUCGUCGCAACAGUUACGCUCAAGGUGCUGCCUUUUUGCUCUUGUACAGCAAAUCAUUCGGUCCAUCUCCCGGCACUACUACGGCUCUGGAACGCCUCAAAUCGAGGCUGAUCGACUCGCUCAAACGCGAAAUUAGACGCGGAAACUGGUCCAUCCAUUAUCCAAUUAGCUUUGCUUUUGUCACCGGCCUUCUCCAGCUCUCGUUUGAUCGGGCGAUACAUCUUCACAUCUUUCUACACAUCCGAUCGAUCUUAUCAGCGGCGGUACGAUUGAACAUUAUUGGCCCCUAUCUCUCGCAGAAGAUCAUGUUUACCCACAUGAAAUCGAUGCUAGAAACGAUCAACGAGGAGAUCAAGACGAAGAGGCUAGCCCGAAGCGACCUCAUCGAAUGUGGUCUCGAUCCCGGAGAAUACGACUCCGAGGAGACCCAGAAAGUCGAGGAUGGGCCGGCAACAAGUUGGCCGUUCGGUGAAAUUAUCCAAACCCGACACGACUCUUGUCAUGUGCGAUUGUUCAACUCUUAGUAGAGAGGUACUUGAUUCAACGUUUUUCCUCCAAUUCUUUGCCCUAAUUUUUUCCUCUGCUCUGGAGAUUCAACAUUUGUGAGUUGAAUUUUGAGCUUGUGUUUAAUGUAGCAGACAAAUGCGAGCUAGCCAUAAUGAAUUGAAUGUGAUAUGUGUAGCUUGAUGUUUAAUUUUUUCAAGAAACAAAAAUGAAGAAGCCUGUCCAAUCAGGUGUGUCAGGCAAGGCAAAGUAUGGUUAUAACUUAUAGCAGCCAGUGACAGUCCUAUGUAGAUCUUUCUACAAUACACUUCUCCUCAAGCAGAUACUCCACAUGGGCUGG